AUGUUUCGCUCACUUAGUCCUAGAAUCGCCUUUUUUGUACAAACAAUUCGUACACUAUCGUCGUCAUCAAAACAACAGUCCAGUAAUCAUGUUGAAACAUAUGAAUUACCACAGAAUGAGUUUUCAACAUUCAUAACAGCAAAUCCAAGACAAAAGAAGCCAAGAAAAACGGGACAAACAGAAAUUCGAGCGGCAUACUAUUCAGUAAUGGGAAAAAGAUAUUUGGAGGAUAUUUUAGAAACGAUGGGUGUCUAUGUUGAUUCACUCAAAUUUGCUGGUGGAGCAUUUACACUUUAUCCUCAAAAAGCACUUCAUGAAGUAAUAGAAUUAGCUCAUUCUCAUGGCGUAAAGGUGUCAACAGGAGGAUUUAUUGAGCGAAUAUUAUCUUACGGUGGUGGUACUGGAUAUAAGAAUGCUGAGUCAAUGGUUGAUAAAUAUUUAAAAACAUGUAAAAAUGUUGGAUUCGAUAUAGUUGAAUUGAGUGCAGGAUUUAUUUCAAUCUCACCGGAUGACUGGCUUCGUCUUAUUGAAAAAACAUCAUCAUAUGGUCUUAUACCAAAACCGGAAUUGGGUAUUAGUUGGGGAGCUGGAGGUGGUGUUGAUGAAAAUGCAUUACAAAUACAAUCAUCACCAGAACGUCUUAUUUCACAAGGAAAACUUUUUCUCAAACAUGAUGUUCCUUUGUUAAUGAUUGAGUCAGAAGGAAUCACGGAAAAUGUUGAACCUAAUAAAUGGCGGACAGAUGUAAUAUCGAGAAUAAUAAAUGAAUUAGGAGCAGAUAAUGUAAUGUUUGAAGCAGCUGAGCCAGACGUUUUUACUUGGUUUAUUCAAAAUUAUGGAAUAGAUAUCAAUUUAUUUGUCGAUCACUCUCAAAUUGUACAACUCGAAUGUUUGAGACAAGGUAUUUGGGGUUCAUCAAAUACAUUUGCACGUAUAUUAAUAUAUACGUUCAAUGGACUCAUCAUAACAAAAUUCUCACUUUUAACAUCAUCUUAUCAUGAAUAUAUUGUUAAAGGUCAUCUAUCGAAAAAGAAUGUAUUGGUGACAGCUACAUUAAUUUAUUUUUGUUAA